CUGGGGCUCUCUUCCGAAAUCCGGAGUUCUCUUGUAGCUGGGCUGCUUCAACAAAAUGGAACUUCGCAGGUACCACAAAUGAAAAGGAGCUAAACCAUCAGGAGACACUCAAGAUACCACUUAAAGGCCUGCAAGGCGACUUUAGGCUCUUUUGUUGGACGUGAAGGUGAGAUGAUCCGGCCGAAAGAAAAAGAAACAACAUCGGUUGUAGCAGCGGGGAGCAUGUAUCGGGGGAGAAAGAAAAAAAGCAGAAUUGGAGGGCGCAAGAAGAGUUCGUCACACAUAGAAAACCUCCUUUGUAAAUACGCAAGCGACACAACACAACGUCGGAAAAAAGCCAAUCAUUCGCACCUAUGGGAAAUGUUGUCUUCCAACAUAAACCGAUAAAAACUCACACUAACAAAAGCAAAAAACACUUACGUAAAACAAAACACAAAAAAAACACAACAUACCAAAAACACCCUCACAUUAAAAAAAUCUCACGGGCACCCAAAAACUCUCAUAUGCCUCAAAAGAACUCCCACACCCACCCAAAAAUCUCUUGUUCACACUAAAUAACUUUUCUCACACAUUACAAAACACACGCACCCAAAAACUUCAGACACGCACAUAAAAUCUCAGUUAAACCAAAAAAAAAAACUCACACCAAAAAAAAAAAAAAAAAAAAAAACUCUUACACGCCCUCCACAAACUGUCACACAUACCAAAAAAAAAACCUCUCACUCACCAAAAAACUUUCACACUCACCAAAACAACCUCUUAAAUUAAAAAAUAAAUAAAUAAAUAAAAAAACUCACCAAAUAUCCCCUCGCAUUCUCCAAAGAAAUCCCACCUUCCCAAAAAUCUCUCCCACACUCCAAAAAAAAAACCUCAUUCACACCAAAAAAAACCUCACACGCACCCACAAAAAACUCUCACACACACUAAAAAUCCUCUCGCGAUCCCACCCUCUGUGACUCACCAAAAAGAUUCCGAUCAACAAAAUCCCCCUCUUUCGUGACAAAAAAAAACUUCUUACAAACAUUCUCACACUUCAGUAAACCUCAUACACGGGCCAAAAUAGGCACACACCCAAAAACAUCUCUCUCGCGCUCUCUCUCUUAUUACUCUUACUCACACACGAAACAACCUCUCACUCACAGGAAGAAAAUCACACAUCCGAAAACCUUAGACCGAAAAAUGUUCUCACUCACAAAAAAAACAUUUUACUCACACCCAACAAACUCACACCCACCUAAAAACCUCUCUCUCGCGAGUAAACCAAAAAAACAACUCACACCCACCAAAACCAACAAACUCUGUCACAAACAAAAAACGCGUCAACAAACCUCACACACCAAAGAAACUGUCACAUACCAAAUACCUCUCACACACCCCAGAAAAAACUCUCAUCGCCCAAAAGAACUCUCACACACAUCCACCCAAAAAUACUCUCACAUGCAAAAAAAAAAAACUCACAUUCACACACACACACACAAAAUUUCUCUCUCACGCACCCAAAAACCUCUCUUACCCGAUCAGAAACUCAUUGUCUAUUGUACUUAAGCACAUUUCAGCAUCUGCACUUUUAUACUAGUAUUUCAGUAAAUGAGUCAAACCAGUACUUUCUGUCCAACCAGUGCAUUCAUUUUUACUCAAGUAUCUGUAUUUCUAUUUAAAUACAGGGGGUGUGUACUUUUGCCACCUCUUCCAGGUAUAGUACGCUAAAAACACACAGGUCAGAUUCUCAUCCGACCAGUCUGACAGGUUCCAACACCUGUUGUUGAAACUUGUUUGUUGUGCCACCCCCCUCGCCCGUUUUGACAUGCCCGAUGGGUUAACUGAAUCUGCUCCGUUUUGGCACUUUUUGUCAACCGUGUAGCUAAAAUUUAUAACAGACACUAUUGAAUGGGAAAAGAGUCUCUGGGAAAAACUCCUUUCCAAGCCAGGUGGUCUACAUUGGAGGAGCGGACAGGCCAAAACAUGUUUGCUGGGCGGGACAAGAAUGUUACCUGUUCAGCGAGAGAGGCUGUGAUUGGCUCAGGGGAGCUGUCAGUCAAUAGCUGAGCCCCGGGCUGAAGCGUCUCACCUGGAGCAACGCGCAGUUCGACGAGGACUGGUUUCGAAUGCGGUACUCGAUACCGGUUUCAACUAGUACAAGACGCACAAGGCCACAGUCCAACUCGUCGCGUUGGACAUGGAGAUGAGGAUUUUCACCUUCACUCUUCUGUAUCUCAUGGUGAUGGGUGCUGGUGCCUUACAAGUGAGCAUCGCAGAGGACCAGUACGAGUAUGCCAGAGGUGACAACGUCACGUUGCCAUGUUUGUUUGAAUCCAUAUUAACCAGGCCGCCGCUCGUGGUCAUCUUGUGGUCUGUGGAAGGAUUAGAAGCUAAUGCUGACGAGAAAGUGAUCGCCGCUUAUUACUCGGCUGGUGCGUUGAUGGACAUCAGAGAAGCCUACAAAAAGCGACUGUCCAUGGAUGUGGACUUGGCCGCGGGAAAGGCCGACCUGAAGCUUACCUCCAUCUCACUCGCGGAUAACAAAGAAUUUGAGUGCCGCGUCCAGAUCCCAGGCGACACUGAGGGCACGCUGUUCGACACUGCCCGCUUGGUGGUUCUCGUGGCUCCGUCUACGCCCAUCUGUAAAAUUGAAGGGAAAGAAGAAUAUGGGCAGAACAUUAAUCUGACCUGUUUCUCAGAGGAAGGCUCGCCACCACCCAAGUAUGACUGGACCAGUCUCGAUGUACGUAAUGUUCCCCAUAUCAAAGACCAACGGACUACUAGCAAGGGCGGCGUCCUUUCUCUAUUCAACAUCACCAAAGAGACGUCGGGGUACUACACCUGCACCUCAAGCAACAAGAUCCGCUCUGCCAGCUGCAACAUCACCCUCACAGUCAUGCCACCAUCCAUGAAAAUCGGCUUCACGGUCGGAAUAAUUGCAGGAGUUGUUGCAGCGUUGAUCAUACUGGUCGUUGUCAUCUAUUGCUGCUGCCGCCGCAAGAAGAAAGAGGAGGAGGAAUAUACAAUGGGAGUUCGCGAGGAAGGGCACCCCGACAAAGUGCCAGACAAGAACGGAGCUGAGAGGUCAGCUGUUAGACGCGAUUCGGACGAAUCGGAUGUGAGGGCCCCCCUCCGGGAGCAGAACGAAGAACGACGCGAACGUGACCACAGCCCCCGCAGGGAUCACGACGAUCGCCGUAGCGACUACGACGAUCGUCGCAGGGAUCCCGACGACCGCCGCAGCGACUACGACGAUCGUCGCAGGGAUCCCGACGAUCGUCGCGGGGAUCCCGAAGACCGCCGCAGCGACUACGACGACCGCCGCAGCGACUACGACGACCGCCGCAGGGACUACGACGACCGCCGCAGCGACUACGACGACCGCCGCAGCGACUACCCCGAUCGGCGCAGCGACUAUUCCAACGUACGUGACGAGUACAGCCGCGAGCGCUACGACGACAACCGCCGUACCGAUCCCCGCGACGAGUACAGUGACCGCCGUGAUCGCUACGACGACGACGAUGAGCAAAACGGAGAUAAGCGCAACCAUGACGACGACCGCUACGAUGAACCUUAUGAUGAUCGGGAGAAGCCUCCUGUCCCAUCCGAUAAGCCACGCCGAAGAGACAACUGAGCCAUUCAUCUUGGUUUUGAACCUCCAAGGGCUUUUGUCACGCAGCAGGAACUGUUUACGGAUGAGCGCAAAAAUUGGGAAAGUCAUUUCCAUCGAAAAAAUAACCCAUGGCACCGGUGUCCAACUUGUAAACUUCCUUCUUUGUUAGAUAAUACUGGAGUUUCAAAGGGGUGGAAAAAGUAUGGACAGCUUCUGGCAAAUUUCAAUGGGUGUUUAAUACGGGGGGGAUUCUGGAAAUGGAGUAACCCCCGCGAUUGGCGAACGUCAGGGAGAUUCUUUUUUUUUUUCUUUUUUUAAAUUGAGGACAAAUAAAGUUGAUACUGUACUAUAAUUGCCUAUAGAUGCUACAAAAUGGCAGCAAAGCACUAGUUUUGUCAAAAUGAAACUGCAUCUCACUUCAGCAUAGUUCCUUUUAAUUACAAAUAUGCGGGGGUUCGCUGCAUUCUAAAUUGGAGACUUUCCAUGGGAAUUAUUGGAAUCUACAUGAAAUUGAGGUUAAUUAACGGACAUCUUGGUGUCUAGGAACUAUGUUGGAGUUGAGCAGUUUGAUUCAGACAAAAUAGUGUUGCUUGCACGUACCUCCAAUUAUGACAAAGCGACAACAAAACUCAAGUUGAGGCACUUGGAAGUCAAGGCACCACCGUGCUUCUGUACCGUGGUUGUUUUAGUUAGGAUUAUGCUGAAAUAGAUUUUCCUUAUUCUAUUUAAGUUCCUUAUUGAGACAGAACCUUCAGUUCCUGGUUUAUUCCUAUUUAUUUCUAUUGAUUCGGUUCCAUUAUGUAACCAAUUUGCGGAAUUUUUGGAAUACACCAAGACGGCAUUCUUAAUUGAUGUUGUUACCAGGUAGAUGCGGCGAUAGCCCUAAACCCCGUUUGUUGCAUUUGAGAUGUGUGUGAGUGUAAUUUUACGACCGUUCAGACGGGUUCGGACACAUUCUUCCGAACAAUGUGACUGCAAUUGAACAUGUAAUUCUGAUUGUACUGACUGUUUGUUAGGCUACAAUGCGUAGCAGGUCUUUGCCACCUUUGUCGCGUGCUUGUCUCUCCGUAGAACAACUGCUUGAGUUACCUGCCGCAAUUCUUGGGCAACCGACCUCCAUUCCAGGAAAGCUAACCAAAAAUCAUUGUUUGAAGUUUUGAAUGCAAUACGCUUCCGCAGUUUUGUAGUUCAGCUUUGAUACAUUAAUUUUUUUUCCACACGCCACAGUGAUGUGCGUCAUGUUUUUGUCAAACGAUGUCAAUAUAUCCUAUUAUUGUAUUUUAUUCCAUCGGAAGUAUGAAAUAAAGUAAGGCUGAGGAGACUUUUAAAAAUGGUUCAAUAAAUCUUAAACACUA